CAGCAACAACGGCAACCCUCAUCAGAGCCGCUCGCUCCAUUCUGCGUCAGUUGGCCAAGCUACAAGAUCUCUCCGUCACAGGCUUCCUCAGCUACGCCCUCAAGGACAUGCUUGGGCAGCUCGUCUCCGUGAGCAGCCUGUCCAUCGGCCCUCUAACGGCUAGGAGGAACGGAACUUGUCUGGUGAUUCUUGAUGACGCAGGAUUGUGCAGCCUGGAGCAGCUACGCAUCUGUGGCCUCGAUGGGGCCGAGCAAGCAACGGCCUUCAUCACCAGCAGAUCGCUUGCUCCAAGGCUUGCCAGCGUGCAGUGGGACAUGAGAAAAGCACCGGCCUCUCCUCACCGUCGCUCACCUUGCCGCUUUCUGCCUGUCUUUGUUUCGCAGCGUCGCCCAAUUGAUCCAGGCCCUGGAGCAGCGCAUCACUUCAAGCGUCUUUUCCUCUCCGGAGGAGAAUACGAGCAUCCUCUCAAGCCUCGAAAGGUGCCGCGUCAAUUCUCGGGAUGUCUCUCACGGACAGCAUCGGCAAGCACAGCAGAGCAUUGACAUCCUUCUGCAGCCAUUUGUUCUUGCUACCAUGCUUUCCCUCGGCAACUCGAAAGAAAAUGGCCGGACAAUCUGGACUACUGGCGUGGUGACACA